GUCUUGUCUUCAAUCUUAAAUUAGUUGAGUUGACAGAUAAAGAGAGAGCAAGAGGAGGGCUUCUGAAGGUCUUCUGGUUUUUUUGCAUUUGCAUGGAGAAGGCCUUAGUCUUUGCAGCUCUGGAACGAAGUUCAGUGUCCUUCUUCUACAUUGAGGAACAUGAAACUGCUGUGUCACGGUGGAAACGGGCUAGGACAAGGGCUGCCAAGUUAGGGAAGGGUUGGUGCAAGGAUGAGAAGGCUCAGAUGCUAGCUUCACAGUACCUUCUUGAAGCUAUUGAUCCACGUCAUCGGUUCGGACUCAAUUUGCAUCUCUAUUAUGACGUCUGGUCUGAUUGCAAGACCAUCCAACCUUUCUUCUACUGGUUGGAUGUUGGUGAUGGUAAAGACGUAAACCUCAAGGAUUGCCCAAGAAGUGUUCUAACCCUUCAGUGCAUCAAAUAUCUUGGACCAAAAGAGAGGGAGUCAUAUCAAGUGAUUGUGGAGAAUGGAAAGCUUGUGCACAGGCAAACUGGGAUGCUUGUUCACACAGUUGAACUCGGGUCUAAGUGGAUUUUUGUGCUGAGCACAUCAAGGGCUUUGUAUGUUGCGCAAGAAAUAAAAGGUGUUUUCCAGCACUCAAGUUUUCUAUCUGGAGGGGCUGUAAGUGCAGCUGGAAGAUUAGUUGCCCACAAUGGGGUUCUUGAGGCCAUAUGGCCAUCCAAUGGUCACUAUCUCCCAACUAUACACAAUUUCAAGAAACUCAUUAGCUUCUUGGAGGAGCAACAAGUAGACCUCACCAAUGUCAAGCAGAUGAGUGCAAUGGAUGACGACGAAGAAUCAUUCAUUGAUCCAACUGAUCAUCAACAUGAGAGUAUGGGGUCCACAUCCAAUGCAACCAAUAGAGAAGCCCCUGUAUAUGACUUGUCCAAGCGUUUGUCUUGCAAGUGGUCUACUUAGAGUGGUCCACGUAUUGAGUGUGUGAGGGACUACCCAGCAGGGCUAGGAUUGCGAACGCUGGAACAAGUCAACUUGUCACCAAAGGUCAAACCGGGCUGCCAUGGAAGCAGUAGUCCAAAUCCAAUCCCUUCACCACGACCAGGCCCAAUAGUCAGGCUCAUACCAAGGCUUGCCUAUACGGGACUCCCUAGCCCAAGGUGGAUAUUCUAAAUGGGGAUGAGGUUUGAACUCGGUUACUAUGGGACGGAUACCCUACCUUGACUAACUAGUCUAAUCCAUAUAUUCGUAGCCAAUUGCUGAAACACCCUUUUUGUGCACGACUUUUAUGUUUUUGGAAUUAUGUUGUAGAUUCUUUAAAGCACGUCCGUCUUUUCACCCUUUUCUUUUUAUUUUUCUAGUUUUGUCUCACAAAAAAAUUACAAGGAUCAUAUUGUAUAACUUUUUAGUUGAAAAAUAAAAUAAAAUAGGAUAAGUAUAGAAUUAAUCAUAUCCGAGCACAAAUUCGUCAUUUUCCCUUGUUAUUUAAUUCUUCACUUCCCCAUGCAUCUGCAAUUAUGUGCAUGGUUUUCAACCUCUCUGCAUUUUCUACAGUGGACAAGCUGCACGGACAAGGCUGGUCUCCUUCCUUCCACUGAGGACAAGGCCAUUUUGCCUUUUGUGAAAGGGAAUUCUUAUCAUUGUCUCAUCCAGUCAACCAACUAGUCUAUAAUCCAUGACCAGGCCAGGACUACCUUGCUUGAAAAAUGCACUUUUUUGUGUCACACCUUUAAGUUAAGAAUGUCAUGCAUUUAUGUUUCCUGAAAUAUCUCAGUUUGUUUCAAGCAAAUAUCUAUCUCUGGUGUG